GCUGUAAUCUAAAAUACUUACUGUGUAAUCUUUACGUAUCUACAAGCCACCUUUGGAGUACUCAAUGAAUUUAAUUUAUUAUAAUGAAGGUAGUAGAGAAGGACCCUAUUUUGGAAGGUAGUCAAAUACCUUCAUACAAAUUUUAUUACGUUUGAAUGGACCAUUAUCACUUUCGCUGCUUCACGGUAGUUUGCACAUGAAAGGAUGGGGCAAAAUUGUUGCGGGCAGUAGGUAAUUAUUACAAUUGUGUAAAAAAGUAUUUAAACGUCGAUACAUUUGUUAUAAUGUGUCACAUUGUUGCUUUUGAUCAUGGCAAAACCGGUUUAGCUGGGUAGCCGAAUACACGUUUGUUUGUUUUUUUUCUUAACCUUAAGUUAAAUGUUUCGUUAAUCUUAAACAAUGUUUAAAAUACAGUCUGGAAUUUUAUUAAUAUGUUUUAUCGGGUCAAAUAGCACUAUAAUCGAUUUUAAUGAAGUUCAAAAAAGUAUUUUACAAUGGAAGAACCAGAAUUUACUCAAUCUCAGUGAGAUUGGAAUUACAACAAAUGGUGGAGGAUUUGACUUCAGUGAUGUGAAAAAUAAGAUAUUGCAAUGGAAAACUGAAAAACUUCAAGCUUUAUGUCCAUCAAACGGCCAGCAACUGCAAAAUUUAUUGAACAUCGUAUGCAGUACGUCGCAACCUACUAACGUCACCCUGAGAGAUGCUUGUAUCAGUUGUUUUUCGCAAGUAACAUCGAUGACUGAGGGACCUCAAGAAUUGAACGCGUUAAGUGUUUGCGCUGUACAAUAUUUUACCGGCGCAUAUGCGGCAUGUGCCACAGCACUCAUGGCUCUAUCUACAUCUGCAUUAAAUGUUCAACCUUCAGGAUGCUUCAUGGGCUACUGUGACUUUGUUCGAUGUCUUCGAACAGCUAACUCGGUUAAUUUGAUUACACAAUGUACAAGAGAAGCUAGAACGGGUGUGAAUAUAACGAUAGAUGCAGAUAACGUUCGAUUUUAUAGAAAUGUCACUUCCUGUAUAUUAGCAAAAUCGAGAUGUGGUACAUUUAAUCCGAUCACAGGGGAACCACAACUUCCUGGAUACACUUCUUCUGGAACAAGAGUUAGCAACGCUCUUCAGAUUUCAGAAACAGGAGAUCUUAGAGUUUUGGCAUUUUCAGCCAACACUCCUGUCAGUAAUUCUUUCUGCACGGCUUCUACCAACUUGACGCAGUCGAAUUGGCUCACAAAUGUGUGCUGAACUGCUGAUCGUGUUAUGCUGAUUAUGUUAUUUUUGAAGGAACAUAAUUAUAUUUUCGACUGACAGCUAAGUAGUAGUUAGAGAG